UGGGAAGUAGAGUUAGAAAAGGCGUGUGUGACAUAAGAUUAAGAGAUAAAGAUGAUGUGUUCAAGUGUGAGUAAGCAUGUUGUGCAGUGCUCAAUCGGUACCGCAUCAGGUGUGAAAUCACAAGCGUGCUCUUUUCGCAGCGAUGAGCAUGGUUCUUCAUCGGUUCCAAGUAGCAGUAGGAGAGGUGUAUUAUGCAUAGCCACGUUGCCAUGCCUUCUUCCCCUCACUCACAUCUUUGCUUCUCUCCCAGCCAACGCUAUAUCAGUCACACCAGCUACAAAUGAAUAUCUUCGAAUUAAACAAGAGGUGAGGAAGGUAUUGUCAAAGGGAAAGGCUGCGGGUGUGCUUCGUUUGGUUUUCCAUGAUGCUGGAACCUUUCAAAUUGAUGAUACUACAGGUGGCAUGAAUGGUUCUAUAGUCUAUGAACUUGAAAGACCUGAAAAUGCUGGUCUCAAAAAAUCAGUAAAGGUUCUGCAGAAAGCGAAGACCCAGAUAGAUGCUAUCCACCCAGUAUCCUGGGCGGACAUUAUUUCUGUGGCCGGAGCUGAAGCAGUUGAAGUAUGUGGAGGUCCUGCUAUCCAAGUCAGACUCGGCAGACAAGAUUCACUGGGGCCUGAUUCUGAAGGAAAACUUCCUGAGGAAACACUCGAUGCUUCUGGUUUGAAGAAAUGCUUCCAGAAAAAAGGCUUCUCAACACAAGAACUGGUAGCUUUGUCUGGAGCCCACACUCUUGGAAGUAAAGGUUUCGGAAGCCCUACUUCGUUCGACAAUUCAUAUUACAAGGUUCUUUUGGAGAAGCCUUGGAUAUCUUCUGGUGGUAUGCCAAGUAUGAUUGGUCUUCCUUCAGAUCAUGCACUUGUUGAGGAUGAUGAAUGCUUAAGAUGGAUUAAAAAUUACGCAGACAAUGAGAAUAUGUUCUUUGAAGAUUUUAGAAAUGCGUAUGUCAAGCUAGUGAAUUCUGGUGUGAGAUGGAAUAGCUUAUAAAUCAGGAGUUGAAAAGUUCCAAUUUCAACUGAAGCGAGCGACAUCUUGUUUAAUAUUUUGGGAGCUGUAUUAAAAUUUUGAAUUAACUAAGGAAGUGUUUACAUGCAUGGUCAUUAAAUGUGUGUGCCUAAGUUUUUAAAUUUGAAGUGUCAGUGCCGGCCGGAAAUAUGUAAUUAAAAAUUAGGAUAACAAAUUUUGGUGGAACUUGACCACAAAUUAUAUAAAUAUUCAUAAUUUUAGAAAUAA